CGCACCUUCUCCCUAGCAAGCUCUCCAUUUCAUUCAUCUAUUUCUUUCUUUCUAUCUUUUUUUUCUUUCUGCGGCCGGCGUACCAAUUCCGUUCCGAAUCCUAAUGACUUUUAAUGGAAUGCUCCCGUUCUUCCCUGCAAACUUGUUGCUGCACCAAAAUUCCAACGAGGAGGAGCACCGUCAGCUGCAAUCCCAUAUGGACGCAGGAGGAUUAGCCGAGAUGGAUCGAGGGAAAAGAGCCUUAAUGUCAUUCUCGAGCAGUGAGGCUCCAGCGCUGAGCUUGGAGGAGAACAGUCUCUCCGACAACGGAUUGGCCGCCGCUGGGGAGAGAAAGAAGAGGCUGAGUUCGGAGCAGAUACGGGUUUUGGAGAAGAAUUUUGAGAUGGGGAGGAAACUCGACACCGAGAGGAAGGGAGAGUUGGCCAGGACGCUGGGGCUGCAGCCGCGGCAGGUUGCGAUUUGGUUUCAAAACCGGAGGGCGAGGUGGAAGACCAAGCAGAUGGAGGAGGAGUACGACGAGCUCCAGCGGCAGUUUGAGGUCGUCAAAGAGGAGAACGGACGGUUACAGGCAGAGAACAAGAGACUUCUUUCCGAGCUUUUGGCUCUCAGAGGAAGGGAAACGUCGACUUGCGAGCCCAUCAACCUGAACAAGGAAGCACAGGCCUCUUGCAGCAUCCGGAUGGACGCCGACUUGGACAUCUCCAGGACAUCCCAACUCCUUUUCGGUAGCUCCUCCGGCCGAGAAAUUUCCAAGGAGGAAAACAGCUGCAUCCGACAAGGCAACUUCUGCAGCAUGUUAGAUGAUCAGUCAGCCUUCUGGGUGUGGUCAGAGCACAACAAGUUUCACCAACACUAAAAGUGCCGACGAAGUUAUUUAUAUUAAUUAAUUCCAAUUCCAUGGCGUGGUGUAUGCUGCUGUAAGUUCAAUAUAAUUUUCAGACGAAGUUUGUAGCCGAUCGAUCGAUCGAUCAUCGAUCCAACAGUUUGGAGAAUAUCGAUCUACAGAAAAUUCUCUCGUCGUUUGUGAUAAUUCGUAGAGGGUGGUACGUAGCAAAUAGUGAAGUGUAUCUCAUUAAAUGGCCUGGGAUUCUUGGAGGUGGAAUUAAUGGCAGGGUCUCCGUUUCUGGCAAAGGGGCAGAUAAAAGGAGGGCAAGUGGGAGAGUGGUGGUUUGAGAACUAGCCAGCCCAAGGACAGGGGGGGAAGAGAGAGAGAGAGAGACAUGUGGAGGAACAGUAGCGUGAGUGUCCAUAUAAGACAUCAUGUCUCCUUUGACAAUGAUAUGUGCAUGUUGAAUUCAGUAACCGGAAAAAGUUUGAUGGA